AACCAAAAAAUACUGUGCUGUUUAGAGCUCCUCUAUGCUUUGGUGCUUGUGUGAAGUGAACCCAUGUAUUUGUGGACAUUUGUGUAAGACGAGGAUGACGUGAUUGUGAAGGCAGCACAGUAACCCGCAGUAGACAGUUUGUAAUCGCCACAACCAUAAAGGGAGUGGAGAGGAGAUUUAAUGUUCCCAUAGACUUUACUUUCACUCUUUUCUCUCACUCUCUCACACCGUCCUUUUCUUCAUUCAGUCAUUUCGUACCGUUUUUAAACGAUUUGAUCGGAUCACCAGGAUGUCUUCCUCUAAAGUGAUUUGGGUUUUAUUUGGGGUGAAUUUUCUAUUCGUCCUCCAUGUGUCCGGCUGUGAUGAAAACUGUGGUGAUAAACCUGUGUUCAGUCCAACCCACCUGAUAGUGAAGUAUGGUGACCCAGCGUCUGCGAGCUGCACUGCAUGUCAGCGUGAAUGCAUCAACAACAUUGUUAAUUUGGAGCAUUCUGUGGGAGUUACUGAAACAAAUGGAACUUUGCUUUCAUGGACAGUUGAUAGUUUGAAAGAAUGGGAACUUUCUCUCCAGUGCUAUUAUAGUAAUGCUUCAGAUUACCAGUGCUGCACUAAACUGCCUCUAACUCUCUACAAGCCCCCGGAUAAUGUGUCUUUCAGCUUUGGUAACAACACAGGGCCAUUGAUGAUAAAUACCUUGUACACUCUGGAGUGUACAAUUGAAAAUGUUGCUCCUAUUGGAAAUGUCGAAGCAGUCUUCUACAAAGACGGCAUCCCUUUUGGUCAAGUAAUGAAGACCCUCUUAGAAGACAAAAAACCAACGACUCAGUCCUUUCCUUUGUCCCGUCUCCUUUCUGAGCAUGAUAACGGAUCAGAGUACUGGUGUGAGUCAGUGUUUAGACUGAAAUCUAAAGGACAACAGCCCCCUCCAGUGGUUAGAUCACAAAGAAGUACUGCCAUCGUGCACUAUAAACCUAAGCUUCAGGUGAUAAGAGAUUCAGACUGGGUCACCAUCAAUGAAGGAGAAAAGUUGCAACUGAACUGCACAUCUGUGGGAAACCCCAGCCCUUCGUACAACUGGACGCUUCCAUCAGGCAGACUUUCCCCUUCCAGGAGCAGCGUCUUUACUGUCGAAUCUGUAGCUGUUGAACAUGAAGGGAAGUACACCUGUGUUGUCAGCAACGAUUACGGGACUAUCCCUGUAGAGUUUAAUGUGGAGGUCAGAGUCAGCUACCUUGGAUACAUCCUAAUUGGGGUGGUUAUUGCUGUUGCUAUUCUUGUCAUCAUUGGGGCUAUCGUAUACAACCGCUACUACAAGAAUAACCGAACAGGGGAGUACAACCUGAGGGACGCUCUACGCUUUCGCAAACGACACACUCCAGUGCCUACUGUAGAGUGAAUCUAUGGAGAAGCCUGAAAUGUGUAUGGGCCAUUUAUUGAAUUCAAAUAUGGACGACACGUCUCCACCUCCUCCUAUUGUACAAUGAUACUCCCUGAUCAGCUAAUGAGCUACCCCCUGCGACAGGCACUGACAUCUUGCACUGGUGACACAAUAUUGACACCAAGUCCCUGCUGCCAACCAAAGCACAUGGAACCUACAGAUAACACCACAAGUUCCCUAAAGUUGGUACAGUCUGAAGCAGAACAGAUGCUUGUGCCAGUUCGAAGCGGACUCUCUGGGUGAUGGAUAGUUCAGUGACUCUUGUCCUAGUGUUUGCUGCAUUUCCUCUUGCUGUUCCUCUUCUCUGCUAAUUUGGUACACACAGUGUCACUGGAGCCACAUGAGUUAACGCAGCUGUCAAUCAUGACGUCGCAUCCUCUUUCUUUAUUAUGAAAUAACCAAACUUCUCAGAAAUAUACUAACUAUACUUACAGAAAAUAUGCUUGAGAAAUAGUUACUUAAAGUGCGUUUUAAUUUGCUAGUUUGACCUAUGUCUACUCAAAGCUUUCUGUAACAGGGCACUGUAGUUUUUUAAAAACAUUAUUUCAAUAGAAGAUUUAAAAAAUACUCUUGAUGAGGACCGUUUGAGCUAAUUAACACCAUAGACUGUAUAAAAUAUGGACGUAGUAUCCAUGACGUCACCCAUCUGUUCCUGAGCGCUGUUUUGAAGCCAAUCGAUGGCGGCAGCCAUAUUGGAAAUGCGGAACUCAACCAGGCAGAGUGUGACGUAAAGGGGCGGAGUUUGAGCCUCUUAGCCAACAGCUAUGUGUUCCCGACCGGGAGUCAAGUCAGUCAUGUCCUUAUUUGGGCAAAAACUCAUAAUCUUAAUAUCUUCUGAACUGUCGUGUUAGAAAAAAAAUUCACCCCCGUACAGUGUGUGCCGAUAGAGAGAUUAGCUACGUAGGCCGAACCAGGCUGUUUGAACCAGGCUGUAAACAUGUUUAUUAAUGCUGCAAAGAUCGUCUUUUUCCCAUUCAUGUCUAUGUGGUUUCCGGUGUUUCUGCAGCCAGCCUCAAGCAGAUUCUCGAUGAAUUGCAGUUUAUAACACUUUCGCAUGGGCUUCAUAGUUUGAGACCGGAGGUUUCCGCUUGAUUAACACACAUUUAAUACAGUAUACUUUGUUCUCUUAGCUAUGAUUUGAUUCUCUCAGUAUUGCUGAAAAACCUACGCUAGAAGCUGAGUUGCUACUUCUUUGCUGUUAGUUCACCGAAUGCUAAAAUGGCUUAAAGCAUCAGUAUUUAGACAUAACUUAAGUAUUUAAGCUGUAACAUCAUAAGCAUACAUUCAUAACUGAGCUGCUUAGCAUCACGUUACAUUGCGAUAAUCUACAUACAUUUAAAUGCCUCAGUCUACAAGUUCCUUUCUAGACUACCGUGUUGCAUAAUAUAAUUAUACUUCUUGAAGCAAAAGCUACUAUUGAAGCCGUACAAGGAACACAGCACAGUCAUAAUGAAGAUAAACGGGGCUCUCAGUGCACUGACAACUUACAUUUUCAUAGAAAAUAAAGCUAUUCUUUUCCUUUUAUUGAAGCCACAAAGAAGAACCUUAGAAUUCAUUCUAAUCUCAGUGUCAUCCUUGUUGUUAAAGACAUAGAUGUGGUUUGUAAAUACAUGAAAAAAAUACAGAAAUGUGUAAAUGUAAAAUAUAUGUUUCAAAGACCAAGUCCGAAUGUACAUUUCCACAGGGUUAGAGUAUAUUGAUGAUUGAUAUUGGAUGUUGAUUCUUCAUUUUAAACAUUUCUAAGCUGUACAGAUUGUUUGAGGAGUAGACACUCAGUCCUAAGACAUGGAUAUUUUUAUGUAGGUUGAUUUAUAGGUCAUUGAAGCCUCAGAGUGAAAGUAAUUACAGGUGGUUAGAGCCACUUAACCCAUUAAAAAAAACAAAAAAACUCUUUGCAGUCUUACAAUCAAUAAUUUAAUUCAUUUAAUUUGGAAAAUAAAAAAAGUCACUCACAUCUUGUGUAUUUGGCCACAUUGGCUAAAAUAUAAACUGUAAGUGUUAAUUAGGUAAUCUGCUCUUUUGUGUUUUUUGCUGUUUUGUUGUUGUUGUAUCACUACAAAUGACUGUCUGUAGGGAGUGGCUGUAUAUUUACAUACAUCUUUUUUUUUUAACAUGAAAGAAAUAUAUACUGUAAACUUGUUCUAAGAAUUGGCUGUAUAUGACAAAGUUCCUUCAUUUCCGCCCAUUGUGAGCUUUGGAGCCAAAAGGCCAACAGGCGUUGACAUAUUGUGCUGCUGCAGCCAAAGCAUUCGCGGAAGCAACCUGGCUAGUAGUCUCAUGGGACACCGAAACCAAAACAAGCAUUACACUUACUGAUAGAACAUUGAAGAUCCCUCAGGUUGGAAACAUAUGGCUUUUAAAAGUUCAAUGACUCUUGUGUUGGUGUUCAGUAUGUUUUUUUCUCAGCAUUCCUUCUCUGCUCUGCUAAUCUGAUACAGAACUGCAGGAGCCUCCACAGAGCUGUCAAUCAUGACGUCACAUACGCUCUUUUUAAAAUGAAAUAACUAAUUAAAACUAAACUUGUCAGAAAAAUGAACACUUUGACAGAAAUCAGCAUGAUAAGAACUGUAAUGUCAGAAACCAUGUUUGAAAAAAGUCAAUUUGAUAUUUUAAUUUUAUAGCUUUGCCUCUUUUCCCUCUGUUAACACUACGGAGGCGGAUGCUUUAUGAACUGUACUGCAGCCAGUCAGCAGGGGGCGCGCUAAACUUUUGGCCUCAAAGCAAAAAUGCACUCAUGGUAUCCAUUUUAAUGUACAACCUAUGGUUCUAACCUACAGUCACUGAUUGUGCAACAGUUGCCCCUCUGUAUGCGAGUUCAUGUGUGUGUAUUUUUUGUGGUGUGCAGUAUUGGUGUGAUAGCUUUAUGACACUGGAAUAAAUUUUGUUGUUGUUUUUGUACCAAAAACUGUAAUUCCAAGUUGUUAGCUGAAAAGAUCCUUUUUGAUAUGUGGAUAAAUGUACACACUUUGUACAAACAAUACAUACAGUGUCUUUAAACAAUAUUUCAUUGCAUUUACAAAUACAUGGAACUAAAACACAACAUGACCUGUUUUCUGUUUCCUAACUGUUCACUUAAAACUACAGAUUUCUGCCAUCAAGCUUGAGGAUCUGACCUCAAAUGCCUUAUAGUGUGUGUAAAUGGUUGCUUGUCAUGCUUGCUUGGUUCUACAAAGUGGAGUAAACUGAAGCAUCUGCUGGAACUGGAAAAAAGUAAUUACAGAUUUCCUGUUUAUGAGAUUCUUCAUUGCGAGGCCAUUUUAACCCUUUCAGAACUGUUGGAGGGUUUUGAUCUUUUAUGGGGAACCCUGCCUGCUGCACAGAUUUUGUUUUGGGCGGGGCGGGUUAAUGCAUCCCAAAAAUGUUUCACUCCAACUCUGUUUCUUUCCUCCCUUUACCUCUCCUCUCCUGCCAGGAAGAAACUUUUAUAGGAGAUAAGAUAAGAGGAGGACAACAUUCAUUUUGUUUGUUUUUAAUCUCUGAUUCUCAGUAAAAGAAAUUUUACUAAUGAA